UUAUGUUAGAUACUACUCUAUUAGCUACGUUCUUAGUAGAUAUUAUAUGAUUAACCCCUAUUAGCUACAUUGUUAUAAAAUUAGUAAGUGAUUAUAUGCUUAACCCCUCAGCACCCAAUAAAGGUCUUCGGCCAUGUCCCUUGCGCACAGAGAUAUCUCCAGUUUCUCUGAAUCUUUGCAAUUUGACGUUGAGGAACACUUUUUAAAGUAUUCCACAAUCUUUUUAUGCGCCACCAGUAGCCUAUGUUAAAAAGAGGCUGGACAAUAGCUAAAAAAAUUGCCGUUUUAGAUUGGAAGGGGGAGGGGAACCUGCGAAGGAGCCAGACUUCCCGGGGGGGAGGGCUCUGAGCUGAAGGGGAAAGGAGCCACGUGGAGACCGCCCCAUGACCAGCCUGAAAGCGAUAAGUGACUGUAGCCGAGUGUUGGGGGCUGAUGUGCAGGGAGCCUGGCUACUUUGCGGGUACAAUAAACCUGACAGCUGGGUUGUUUACCAGACUGCGUGACUCCGAAGGGGAAACCUCCCAGGCUUAGAAAAUAAACCUGUUAAAGUAGGAGGGGAUUCUCAAACUGUAACAGUAAAACCGAAUUAAGUAAUAUUUCUGUAUCAGUGCGCACAUCCUUAGUUUGUGGAAAGCGCUUCCUGUCGCCGAGCGCUGAUAGGGGCGGUUUGCUGCCGCACCGAGCUGUAGCCUGGGGCUGCGGGGCCGUGCGUGGCGUUUCCGAACGCGGCAUUUCAGGACAAGUGGUAGAAGCAGAAGAGACGCCGCUUGAAAUGAAGACGACGCUGAAACGUCUUUAUUGUCAGGCCUGUGGCAUCCAGUUUAACUUCUUUUCGGCCUGCAAAAAGCACAUGUAUGGGGCAGAGCACAAGCAGAGAAUAGCCAAGCUCUUCCAGACAGCACUGAAUAAAGGUGCAGUGCAUUUCCCGCAGUUGGUCGUGCAGGAGUACCUGAUGCGGCCUAACAGAUUCCACGCUGUGAUCGGUCUCCAUCUAGUAACCGCAUGCAUUGAAACUGCCUUCGGUGACCCUCCCGUCUACCUGUGCCAUCCGUGCCAGGAGAAAUGUGCCAGCAGCCAGAUAGUGGAGCACCUCACCUCCCCCGAUCAUCACCUCGCCUACUUCGCACAUGUGGGCCCGGAGAAGCUGCCUUUUGGCUGGAUGUCGUCUUCUACAGCGACGCCGACGGAAACGUACGCAGCAGCAGAGCUGGAGGAGCGGCAGUGUGGCACUGGAGUACUUCGGCUUCUAGAACUGCCGAAACUUUUGUUCAGAACAGUCCAAGGGCUCUCCUACUCCCAGGCCAUGAAGCAGAUCUUCAGCACGGAUGAUUGCAAGCAGUGCCUGGAAGGUCAGCACGUUGAGCCAUUCAGUCUGCAGAAAUACUGCAAGGAAGCAAAUCGGACUUACCCCUUACUUGGCUUGCAGUUUCUGCUGGAGCUGUGCUGCAUAAAUAGCAGCAGCCCCAGCUGUUACCUGUGCUUGCUGUGUCAGAAGAAGGUCCCGCCGAGCCAAGCUGUGGCUCAUCUCGUCAGCUUUGACCAUCUCUACGGCUACCUGGGCCAAAUACAUCCAUCGUCCUUGGAGAGUAAAAGCAAGUACAAGGUUCAUUCUCCCGUCUUUCGCUCGAUGAUCCUGAACCUGGCGCAGCAGGCAGAGCAGUUGGUCUCAUCCGCGGACGUGCAGGUCAUGAAGGUAGAUGCUGAAGUCUAUGAGCAGAUGGAAUCUCUGAGCUUUUCUAAUGCCCUGAAGAAGCUGCAGGAAAUUCGCAGAGAGCAGAACCUGGGUGACCUUCAGCCCCAAGUGAUUCUGGGAGACAGACUGGUCUGUAGAAAGAAGAGAAAAAGAACGAACAGCCCUGACAGAUCAGUUAAAAAUAAGGAAGAUGAUGUGACCACUGAUGGAUGCACGAGUCCCGGGGAGCCCCUGUGGAGCCCUGAGCACACGAAGACGGGGCCGGCGGACUCGCAGUGGACAGUGUGCCGGCUUGUUUGUCAGAACUGUGACCCUGGCGUUCUGUACAGCUCUGUGAAAUCUUAUAAACGGCACGUGCGCGGCUAUCAGCACCAGCAGUGCAUAGACCGUUUGUUCCCGGACCUGGAUAAAGCUGCGCGUGUCAAGAAGCAGAGAGUGCCUGUUCCGACUCUAAAUGUUUACGGAUCUAUGAUGGACCAACUCCGGACUGAGCCAAUCAUUGGGCUCCACCUGGUGACCGUGUGCAUCACCUUCUCCUCCAAGCCGCCGGUGUAUCUCUGCCAUGCCUGCGAGGAGGCCUUCCCCAGCCAGGCGGAUGUGCAGCACCUCACCUCUGCCGACCACUACUUCAGUACCCUGGCCCCUGACGACCCCGAGGCGCUUCCGUUUGGCUGGAUCCACUCCCAUGAUGCUCUGUCUGUGCUGAAGCCCAGGGCAGUGGCUGAGGAGAAGCGACAGAGUAAAAGUGUUCUCCAGAUGCUGUGUGUGCCGGACAAGAUCUUCCUGGAGAUCAAGGGGGCCUGCUAUUCCAUGGCCAUGAAGAAACUGCAGCAUGCGGUCAAACCUACAGCCAGUCUGAAGGCUGAGGAGAAGGUGGUCUUACCGGAGUACCUGAGUAACCCCAAGAGGAAAUUUCCGCUACUCGGGCUGCAGUUCCUAGUAGCGUACCGCAGCACAGACCUGGCCGAGCCCAGUGGGUUCCUCUGUCUGCUGUGCCAGAAGAAGGUCUGUCAGAACCAAACUGUGCUUCACGUUAUCAGCUUCGACCACCUGUUUGCGUACCUGGAAAGCACACGUCCUCUCUCCUUGGGGGUGAAGAGUGACUACACGCAGUAUGACGCAAAGCACAGGGCGACGAUGCUGGGUCUGGCCACUCGGGCCCUGGCUACCGAUUCUCCAGGUGAAAUUCAGGAGGUGCAUUUGGAACCUGAUGUUUAUCAGGAAGUGUGCAGGUCCAGCUUCGUCGACGCCCUGAAGAAGCUGCAGACGUUCUGGAAGGAGAAGAGCCAAGCUGCCCCCCAACCCCAAACAUCGCCUGGACCAGGAACAGCCGACACCGUGCAGCGUACGGAGGACGCCGCAGCGGCCGUGUGCCCGGCGACUGUCGACGAGCCGAGAGUCUGCACAGAUACCGAUGCUGUCUGUCAGGGAGUGGCAAAGAAUCCGCUACCAAAUCAAGUACUGGUGCCAGAACCCAAGGCAGAUGAGCCUGAGAGCGUGGAAGGAACUGGCAGGGAUCCUACGGCCGAAAGCUUGACAGAGGUGGAGCAGGAGAGCCUGUCCAAUAGGGGUGAGGACAGCCCCAAGGAACUGAAAUCUCUGAACAGCAUAGACGACUUGUCCAAUCAGGAAUUUGCUCGGUAUCCCAGGGUUCCCCCAGAGUUGCUCUUGGACCCAAAUAGGGCACAAACAACAACUGGUCCAAUUGGUGAGAGCAACUGGUCCAAGUUCUGGUUCUUGGAUGGCAGGCCAUACCCCUCAAUUGGCCUGGAGGCUGUAGUAGAAUGCCGCUGCCUGAAGCAUCCCACUGUCUACUUGUGCCUCACGUGUACAGAGUGGAUUACCUCAAGUAACAUUUGUGAUCAUGUCAUCAGCAGGCGCCAUCAGUAUUAUUACAUUAAAUCCCUCUAUCCGGAUCUGCUUCCUUCCUGGAGGGAUGAUCCUGAUGAAACUGCCUGGCUGGUCUACCACCAUGACAAGAAGUGGGACGUCCAGGUGGUGAAGCUCCGUCCAGCUGCUUACCAAAGGAUCGUCUCAGCACCCUUCUACAUGGCUGUGCAGAUGAUCAGAGAAGAGCAUGAUUCGUACGAGCCCCGGCCGCUGAUUACCCUGGAAGAUGUCCUGGAUACUGGAGCUUCUGCUAUUGCCCAAAAGCAGCCUUCCAGACUUGAUGCCCGCUGUGGCAGUGCAGACUGCUGCAGCUGGCAGUCUGAGAAGCAGAGUCAGGAUGCUUAUCGGUGCUGCAGACCCCAAGCACAUGCCAAGGCAACUGAUGGCGUGCGGGCAACAUUGUUUACAGAUGGUUCCCUGCAAAAGUCUGUCCAACCGCAAGCUUCAGACAGCUGCGAAACCAGGAAGUCUGUGAGCCCAGAAUGUCCUGGUUCUGUCCAGUUGGUUGGCACUGAUACAAAGACUCUCACUGAGAAAGUGCUGACUGCCUGGAAAGAGAUGACAGAGAAAGCGGGGCAAGGUGUAGGAUCCACCUACCUUGACACGGCCUGCCUCCGUAUGUAGAGCUACGCUUUCCGUUGGUGAUGGAAACGCACCCUGCUUCCUGAUGUGUUGAGGCUUGCAUGCAGGUCUUCUUUAAUAGUCGGUUUCCUUUUUUGAAUCGUGUCCGAUAAGAUCAUAUUGUGAUUGCGGCAGGCAGGACUUUCCUCCCAAACAAAUGCGUGAAAAUAACCAAAGGGCAAAACUGAAAGACCUGAUCUAUUAGUGUUAACAUAAGUUUAUUUUUCUAAUGUGAAUUUUACUAAAAAUCUUUUAAGUGCGAAGUGCAUGGGCGCUUUUCAUCAGAAUAACAUUUGAUUGAAUGGAAUCAUUUUCUUUUGUAUAGGAAUUUUUCUCCAGAUAUGUUUCAACGGAUUACAGUUUAAAAUUUGAAUGCAAAGCAUUAAUUUCCUUUGGAUGUAGCAAAGUAUUCUUGAUCAGAGUAAUGUUAGCUAGUAAAAAAAUCUUGUUUGUGCCUGGUGGGCCAGUGAUUGUAGGCCAUGGCCUAGGGAGCCAGAAGGAGCAAGUGAGAAACAUCAGAAUACAUUUGGCUGCAUUCCGUGACCUUACAGAGAUUUUACUCGUGUUUUAAUAUUUCAGUACUCUGGAGGGAGGCCUGGACACCUUGGACUGGCCCUGUACUUCUGGAUUAAUUUACAGAAGCAUUGCUUGUCAUGCAUACUGCCAGUUUGCUGUUGUGACUAAGCACUAACCUAACCGGUCUUAAAAAGUGCUCUCACUGAAGAUCACCUGGAAUUUUCCAGGUACAAAUAAGCUAUGGACCCACCAUAGUUAAAUUCAUAUGCAUAAUAUUUAGUUGAUGUUUAGUUUUGUCAGUGCUUUGGAUCAUUUCCAUUUCUCUAUCUAGACAGUCCUGUUAGUUGACUUGAAGUAUAAGGAACCGGUCCACCGGUGUAGACACUUUCUCGUUGGUGCUAACUCAAAAAGUAUUUGAUGGAUCUUUUUCAAACAUUGCAGACAGUGUAUGGGUUAAGAUCUGGACCUCUUCAGCGCUUAGUGACAAAGAGAAGGGUGACUUAGAUGAGAUGCUUGACCCUGUAAACAGGUUAACUCUAUUUGCUGUUAUUAAUCUAUUUUAUCUUUGGAUCUCAUUACCACUUCACAAAAACUUUAUAUGAAUGAAAAUCUACACCUGAUUUACUUAAUACAAAUUGUCCCAAAAUUGAAACUGCAGUGGCAGCAGAGGGCAUCUUGUGAACAGUUAUCUUAAACAGGAAAGUAUAUUUUUUUAACUUCCCAGCAAAUGUAUUUGGUUACAGUCCAAUAGCCAGUCAGUGAAAUUAUUCGUGAGGAACUUAUUGAUCAUGGGGGAAUUUAAUUAAAGUUGGGCUAUUAUAAUAAGAGUGUGUAGGGCAAGCAUGAGUAGUGAGUAGUUAGUGGUAUUUUCGUUUGGUGAAAUUAAGUGGGC